GGCUACAAAUGCAAUACCAAUUCACGAAUGCAACAAUAUGUUAUCUUGAACAUCGCUUGCUUCAUAAGAAAUGAAUCAAAAAAUGUCUUUUCUUGCAAUACUUAUAAAGAACUGGUUUUUAAUUGGAAUUGUUGCUGUCAUUUUAUUAGCUAAAAUUGAACCUGGUGUGGGUUCCAAAGGGGGUAUGGAAAAUAAUCAAAUCUUCCAAUAAUUGAUCUGAUUGCAUAGUAGUUUUUAGGCAUGUACUAAACUCUGUUGCAAGACUAAUGUGCAUUCGUUUUUUUGUAUUUUAAGGAAUAUUGUAUCCAGAAAUAACAGUCAAAUACCUGGCUGUCUCCAUCAUAUUCUUUAACAGUGGAAUUUCCUUGAAAACAGAGGAAUUAGCUAAAGCUAUAUAUCAAGUUAAACUGCAUCUUUUCGUCCAGAGUUUUACAUACUGUUUAUUUCCUCUUCUCAUCAAACUACUCAUCAUGUUUCUGGAUAUUGUCGUUCCUUUUGAAAAAUUAUUACUGGACGGGUUGACGAUUUUAAGUUGUAUGCCACCGCCUGUGUCGUCAGCUGUUAUAUUAACACGAGCUAUAGGCGGUAAUGAGGCAGCUUCUAUAUUCAAUUCAGCAUUUGGAAGUUUUCUGGGUAUAUUCGUCACACCAGCAUUAGUCUUAGAAAUGGUAGGAUCUACAGCUCAUGUACCAGCCAGUAAGAUAUUAAUACAACUGAUGUGUACGGUAGUUUUACCGUUAAUACUAGGUCAGACUGUACGGAGGAAUUAUAAAAUAUGGUUAGAACGACAACAUAUACCAUUGAGUGAUAUAGGAAGUGCCAUUCUGCUGUUGAUUAUAUAUACAACAUUCUGUGAUACCUUUUCUCAUCAAAAUCUACAUGUGGAUAAUUUUAGUCUCAUAUCAAUGGUUUUAAUGAUUAUAAUACUCCAGGUGUUUCUGUUAUUGUUGGUAUUUUAUAUAACAACUCGACCAUGUUUAAACUUUACUCCACAAGAUACAGUAGCUCUGAUGUUCUGUUGUACUCAUAAAUCACUUACAUUAGGUAUUCCUAUAAUAAAGAUAAUAUUUGGUAAUGAUGAUAGUUUAUCUAUUAUAUCUAUACCAUUGUUAAUAUAUCAUCCCACACAGAUAUUACUAGGUGGUUUACUAGUACCUGUUAUAGGGGAAUGGUUAUCUACUACUAGUCAUACAAGGUAUCCAAGGUUACCAAGCUCAACUUAUUAUGUAUAAUUUUGGUUGCUGAUAUUGACAUCUUGUUAUUUUUAUAUUCUUAUUUCAAUUCUAUAUUUUGGAACAAUAUUAAAUUUGUUAAACAUAA